AUUUUAUGAAAAUCUAAUUGAGUUGAAUAUGUGAACAACCUCGUAUAAAAUAUGCAAAAUUUUAAUCGAAUGGAAUUGAAUGGCGACCAUUUGUGGGGGAGCUUCUCAUAGGCCUAGGAUUCGAAAUCAUGGAAGAAAUGCAUUAUGUUGAACAAUUUUUUAUUAAAUUGAAAAGUUUCUACGCAUUCACUUCACAGGUAUGUUUCUUCAUUCUCGUAGAUUGGAUAAUAUCAAACACUGGAGAAGACAUUGAUUUGCAAAGUGAUAAAAGUGUUGUCACGGCUCUUACCACUAUUCUUUUUUAUUCCGUUUUUGGUUAUUUUGUCACUAAAAUUAGAGAUAUUUUCCAAACAAAUCGACUAAGCAUAAUAAGAACUAUUCAAACGACGGAUCAUUUAUCUCAUUGGAUAUGCAAAUUGAUCUUGGAAUGGGCUAAAGCUGUAGUUAUAGUGCUGUGUUUAAGAGAACAAGGAAUAAACUACGAACCAAGUCUGAAUUACAGUAUAAUAACUUUUAUCUACUAUAUUUGUUCAGAAAAAAUAUUUGUAGAAACUUUUCCUCAGAUAGUCGAAUUGUUCAAUAUCGAAUGUUUGGAAGAUAUGGAGCAUCUCUAUAUUCCAAUGUUUCUCAAUGCUGUAGCUAUUAUAUUUGGACUCAUAGCCAGUACAUACAUAUUUCUUAUCGAAUAUUCCAGUUUCGUUAUUCUUUGUAUGUAUUUUCUGAUAUAUAUUCGAAUGAAAGACUUGUACUACAAUUAUUGGAAACUUCUGGUACUAGAAAAACGAAUUUAUGCCAACUUUAGAGUAGCUACGAGUGAAGAAAUACUUGCUUGGUCUGAUAUAUGUGCCAUUUGUUUAAAUUCUAUGUCUCGAGCUAAAAUCACACCCUGUAAUCAUUUGUUUCACCCGUAUUGUUUGAAACAAUGUUUGAAAAGCUCUCUACUUUGUCCUUUAUGCAAAAGUACUUUCAUUCAACAAAGUGAUGAUGAUAAAUGAGUAUUUCCCUCAAAA